UCAAAAUUUUAUUUUCAUUCAUAGAAUUGAAAAUCUCCUCUCAGCUGCUCUGCAAAGAUGUCCGGCCGUGGAAAGGGAGGUAAGGGUUUGGGCAAGGGCGGAGCCAAGAGGCACAGGAAGGUUCUGAGGGACAACAUCCAGGGCAUCACCAAGCCGGCAAUUCGUCGUCUGGCUAGAAGAGGUGGCGUCAAGCGGAUUUCGGGGCUGAUCUAUGAAGAAACUCGCGGAGUCCUGAAGAUUUUCCUGGAGAAUGUCAUCCGUGAUGCUGUGACCUAUACCGAGCAUGCUCGCCGCAAGACUGUAACCGCUAUGGACGUGGUUUAUGCUUUGAAGAGGCAGGGUAGGACUCUUUAUGGAUUUGGGGGUUAGGUUUCCGGUUGGGAUUUCGUUUUGGUUGGGGUCCGAAAGUAUUGUAAUAGUUCAAUUUCUUUGUUGUGUAGUAGUUAGAUUGGGUUGGGGGGAGAAUUGGUAGUGUUUUCUAUUUCUCAGACUCGACUUACGGUGUAAUUGCUCAUUACUUUUAGAGAUUAAUAGAUCUGAAUUUCCGGUGAUUUGCCUCUGCUUUCAAUGAUAA